AUGUGUUUACAAGGCAAUGCUCAAUUAAUUGAUGAUCAAGAAACUAAUAAAUUUGCAAAGUGGAUUCUAGAUAUUGGAGAUGGAGUUAUUGGGAAUCAAAAUGAUGGAUAUGCUACUGUUGAAAUUCCUGAGUACCUACUAAUUACUGAAUAUAAUGACCCCAUUGAUGCUAUAGUCAAAUCAACAUUUCCAAAUUUAUAUCAACAUCACAGUAAUCCUGAUUUCUUCAAAUCUAGAGCAAUAUUAGCUUCCACCAAUGAAACAGUUGAAGAGGUCAAUGAUUAUAUACUCUCCAUGAUUCCAGGUGAACAAAAGGAAUACUUAAGCUCUGAUUAUAUAGAGAAGUCAGAAACCAUUGACAGUUGGCAUUUUCAAUCAAUCACAACUGAAUUUCUCAAUUCACUAAACACAUUUGGUCUGUCAAAUCAUCGUAUCAAGCUAAAAAUCGGUAGUCCUAUAAUGUUGCUAAGAAACUUAGACCAAACGCAAGGACUCUGUAAUGGUACUAGAUUAAUAGUUACUAGACUAGCCAAACAUGUCAUUGCAGCUGAAAUCAUUUCUGGCAAAAAUGUUGGUGAUAAUGUUUACAUCCCAAGAAUGUCAAUGUCACCUUCACAAUCACCAUGGCCUUUCAAGCUUUUAAGAAGACAAUUUCCAAUCAUGCUAUCUUAUGCAAUGACGAUUAACAAGUCUCAGGGCCAAUCACUUUCUAUGGUUGGGCUUUAUUUGCCAAAACCAGUUUUUAGCCAUGGGCAAUUAUAUGUUGCAUUAUCGAGGGUCAAUUCAAGGCAAGGAUUAAAAGUUCUUAUUCAUGAUAAAGACAAAAAAAAUAUGACUUCUACUACUAAUGUAGUCUUCAAAGAGGUUUUCAAAAAUCUUACAAGGUAA